AUGUCGGACAAUCGAACGGUUGUGUCAUAUCUGCGCAACGAAGGCGGUACGAGGUCACAGCAGAUGAUGGAGAUGACUUACCGGGUGCUGGAUGCAUUGGACCGCUAUCACAUUCACAUGACAAUCCAGUUCAUUCCCGGCAGAUACAACACGGAAGCAGACAGACUUUCAAGGUUUCGCGGUCAGUCGGAGUGGCACCUGCUGUCUCCAGCGACGCACCAGAUAUUCCAGGUUUGGGGUACUCCUCAAAUAGACCUUUUCGCAUCGAGGAGAGCUCAUGUGGUACCGACAUAUGCGACUCUAGACCAGACGGAUCCAGAUGCGUCCUUCGUCGAUGCGUUCAGUCGGAGAUGGGAGUAUCAACUGGCGUGGAUAUUUCCUCCCCCGUGUCUAAUCCCGAGAGUUCUCGGUCACCUGAACGACGCAGAGGGUAUGUACCUAUUGAUCGUGCCGAAUUGGGAGAAGGUGUUCUGGCGCAGCGACCUGAAGAGCCGAUCCCUGGCCCCUCCAAGAGAAAUUUGGGACCUGGAGAACCGGUUAGUAGACACACAGACUCUGAGACCUCCAAUCGAUGUCAAGCGGAUAGCUUUAGAAGUCUGGCUGAUACAGGGUGGGCCGCAUUGUUAG